AUGUCGACAAAGUCAUCGGCGACGUUCGGCGCAUAUUCUGUGAUUUCCGGAAUCGUUUACUUCGUCCUCCAGGCUGAGGAACGAGGAUCUUGGCGCCGCUGCCUUGUGGAUGCUGGCAUCUAUGUCUUGAGCUGGGGUCUCUUGGUGCUGGACUCCCAAAUCGGUACUUCGGCUGAGAAUCCAACCUUGUUGGCUGUACAGAAUCUAUCGGACGGAGGGGAUACCUCCACGAGCGUGCUCGUACAGUAUCCCUCGACAGGCCAGGAACGAGUACUGACUUCGACAACCGAAUUUAGAACGAGUAUGGCGUUUGUUCGCAUUGAGGGCACCAAGGGCAGCAUCUUUAUGAAAGGUCUUUCGGCAUCGAUGCCGAAAGAAUGCAUCAUCUUCUCAGGGCCUGAAAGGGUCUCCCUACAUGACUCGAUUACUGGUCAGCUGCCUCUGGGAGAGGUGCAUCAAUUCGAGGAACAGGGCUUAGGUCCCCACCAUGAAGCAGACCAUGUAGCGGUCGAAAUGGCCGCGGGCAAAAAGGAGAGCUCGAUUAUCCCUCAAGCAGAGACAAUAAGGGUCACGGAGAUGUUGGAUGAGAUUCGGAAGCAGCGCGGGCUGAGAUAUCCACAAGAUAAAUAG